AGCUUUGGAAGUGACAGUGAAUUAGGGUUUUACUCAAAAACCUCCUCGUUGUCGUUGCUCACUGCUCCGACGAGAAAAUGGCGAUGCGACAUUUGAGCCGAUCGAGAGACGUCACAAAGAGAUCGACGAAGAAGUACAUCGAAGAACCUCUUUACCAUCGACUAUUCAAAGAUGGCGGCACAGAGGUCAAAGUUCGACAGCAGCUGAAUCAGUUCCUCAAAGGCACUAAACACGUCUUCAAAUGGGAAGUCGGAGAUACGAUCAAGAAACUCCGAAAUCGCGGCCUCUAUUACCCAGCUCUCAAGCUAUCUGAAGUUAUGGAAGAGAGAGGUAUGAACAAGACAGUGAGUGAUCAAGCAAUCCAUCUUGAUCUUGUUGCUAAAGCUCGGGGAAUUACUGCUGGGGAGAAUUAUUUUGUUGAUCUUCCGGAAACAUCUAAGACGGAACUCACGUAUGGGUCUCUUUUGAACUGCUACUGCAAGGAGUUGUUGACGGAGAAGGCGGAAGGUUUACUUAACAAGAUGAAAGAGCUUAACAUUACUCCUAGUUCCAUGUCUUAUAACAGUCUCAUGACUCUUUAUACCAAGACAGGUCAGACUGAGAAAGUUCCGGCGAUGAUCCAAGAAUUGAAGGCUGAGAAUGUAAUGCCGGAUUCAUACACGUACAAUGUGUGGAUGAGGGCUUUGGCUGCUACUAAUGAUAUUUCUGGUGUUGAGAGAGUUAUCGAAGAGAUGAAUAGAGAUGGUAGAGUUGCUCCAGAUUGGACUACGUAUAGCAAUAUGGCAUCGAUAUAUGUUGAUGCUGGACUGUCUCAGAAAGCUGAGAAGGCUCUUCAGGAACUGGAGAUGAAAAACACGCAACGGGAUUUUACGGCAUAUCAGUUUCUUAUUACUUUGUAUGGACGUCUGGGAAAACUGACUGAAGUUUACAGGAUUUGGCGUUCGUUGAGGCUGGCUAUGCCGAAAACCUCAAAUGUAGCUUAUCUAAACAUGAUACAGGUGCUGGUCAAGUUGAAUGAUUUACCGGGUGCUGAGACACUGUUCAAGGAGUGGCAAGCUAACUGUUCUACUUAUGACAUCAGGAUUGUAAAUGUGUUGAUUGGAGCUUAUGCUAAAGAGGGUCUCAUCGAAAAAGCAAAAGAGCUCAAGGAGAAAGCUCCCAGGAGAGGUGGCAAGGCCAAUGCUAAAACCUGGGAAAUCUUCAUGGAUUACUAUGUAAAGAGCGGUGAUAUGGCUCACGCACUCGAAUGUAUGUCUAAGGCAGUUUCUAUCGGCAAAGGAGAUGGUGGCAAGUGGAUACCGUCACAGGAAACAGUCAGAACUUUGAUGAGCUAUUUCGAGCAAAAGAAAGAUGUUAAUGGAGCUGAGAAUUUGUUGGAGAUUUUAAAGAAUGGAACAGAUAACAUAGGCGCAGAAAUCUUUGAGUCAUUGAUAAGAACAUAUGCAGCAGCGGGAAAGAGUCAUCCUGCUAUGCGUCGACGUCUGAAGAUGGAAAACGUGGAGGUUAAUGAAGUGACAAAGAAGCUACUUGAUGAAGUAUCUCAGGAGGUGUGAGGUCUGUUCCAUCUCUUUCCCCUUCAUUAUUUCCUUCAGGCGACACACAUUAUUAGUCGUGUUAGGGGCACUUGCGUUGUCACAGCUCUGUUUCUUAUUGGUAAUAAAAAUAGGCUCUGAAUCGGCAAAAUCAAUCGUAUGGGUCUGUUUUACUUCACCUUAGACUGUUUGUUCAUGUUUUUGUGAAUUGUUUCGGUCUUAGCUUGGAUUUACAGUUGAGACAGCUCUCACAAUGUAAGCCUAUUUGUUUGAGAUCUUAUUUUGGUUCAAGACAGAAACAUAAUCAAGAAUAUGAUAUUUUGCUAAAUAAUGUCAAUUAGGAACAAAAUUUUGCGGA